GCUGCUGGGCUGUUGCGCUGUCCUGGGUCCCCUCCUCGUUCCCACGACGACUGAGCUGGGCUUUUGCCUUCUACGUCAGCGGCUGGACCGUGGGGAUGGCGGCUCAGAAGAUAAAUGAGGGGCUGGAGCACCUCGCCAAAGCUGAGAAAUACCUGAAAACUGGUUUUUUAAAGUGGAAGCCAGAUUAUGACAGUGCAGCUUCUGAAUAUGGAAAAGCAGCUCUUGCUUUUAAAAAUGCCAAACAGUUUGAGCAAGCAAAAGAUGCCUGCCUGAGAGAAGCUGUUGCCCAUGAGAAUAACAGAGCUUACAUCCAUUCAGUCUUUUUCAUGCUGCCAAAUCUCAUCCAGGAAAUUUAUUCCCUUUGCAGAGCAUAUGAGCAAGCUGGCAUGAUGUUGAAGGAGAUGCAGAAACUCCCACAGGCUGUUCAGCUGAUUGAGAAAGCCAGCAUGAUGUAUCUAGAAAAUGGCACCCCUGACACAGCAGCCAUGGCCUUGGAGCGAGCUGGAAAGCUUAUAGAAAAUGUAGAUCCAGAAAAGGCUGUACAAUUAUAUCAACAGACAGCUAAUGUGUUUGAAAAUGAGGAACGUUUACGGCAGGCAGUUGAAUUACUAGGAAAAGCCUCUAGACUGCUAGUACGAGGACGCAGGUUUGAUGAGGCAGCACUCUCUAUUCAGAAAGAAAAACAUAUUUAUCGAGAAAUUGAGAAUUAUCCAACUUGUUUUAAGAAAACAAUUGCUCAAGUCUUAGUUCAUCUCCAUAGAAAUGACUAUGUGGCUGCAGAAAGGUGUGUCAGGGAGAGCUACAGCAUCCCAGGGUUUAAUGGGAGUGAAGACUGCGCUGCACUGGAACAGCUUCUUGAAGGAUAUGACCAGCAAGACCAAGAUCAAGUGUCAGAGGUCUGCAAUUCACCCCUCUUCAAGUACAUGGACAAUGAUUAUGCUAAGCUGGGCCUGAGUUUGGUGGUUCCAGGAGGGGGAAUCAAGAAGAAAGCCACAGUUACAUCGCAGGCCAAUGCUGAAGGCACCACUGCCACCGCCACCGAGGAAGACGAAGAUGAAUAUGCGGGAGGGCUGUGCUAGGCUCUGCAGAAGGAAAGGGCAAGAUCCUGAUGUGCCACUCACGGGCUUGGUCUUGUCUAAGGGUAGCCAUACUUCAUUGCAGUCAUGGCUUUGAGUGCUAAUAAAGACAGAGUAUGUAGUUACCAUCUCCCCAAUCACUCAUUGUACCUACUACCUGUGAAGCACUUUUUUUCUUUCCAAAGACACCAGAAGGAAUUAACAGAAAAAUGUCACAUCUUAAUACAGUUGAUUUUAAAGUUUGCAAGCCAAAUUCUAGACAAAUUAUGUUCUAAACAAAAAAAGGGACAAUGGGCAUACAUAUUCUUUUUCUUGUAAUUUAUUGUUAGAGAAUUUUCUUUGCAUUUUAUUUAAUUAUUGCUGCUAAAAUUGAAGUUUACUAGUUAAAUGAAAUAAUAUUUUAAACAUUGGUUUUGUUACAUUUUGAAAAGCAAAUUUAUCCUCCAUAAUGUUAGCUACAUUUAAAUGAAAUAUUUUCAGAGGUGAGACUGGAACAGAAAGCUGUUUUGAUCCUUACAAUAUUAUUUAGCCCAAUAAAUGGUGCAUUUAAAGUUUUCUGUGUAAGUUUGAAAGUUUUGAAGGUAGCAUAUGAAUGUGAUUCUGUAAAUGUCUUCAGUUCUCUGUGAAAUAUCAGUAUUUUUCCCACCAAUAAAAGCACAUAGUGACUCUUCAAACCCACUUGGUUCAUGACUAAAUGGGAACUCUCGUGGACCUUUUUAUGCUUUCUAACAAAGUGGUAAUAUUUUCAUCAAUCUAUAUAUACAUUUUUUUCUCUCGAAAAUAAUUUGAUUCAUUUAGUGUUGUAACAGGAGAGUAACAUGACACUGGAAAUGCUGUAUACCACACAAAUUCAGCUGAAAUGGGAGAAUUGUUUCUGAAGUACUUACAUUUAAAGUAUUGUGCUGCCAAUAUUUUGGUCCUGUAUAGGUAUUACCUAAGAGGUUAUUUUGAAGCAUUCUUCUUUCACUCUGUGUGGCUUAGAUCCAUCUCCAAAUCUAUUAAUUUGAAAGAGGCUCCAAAUGCCAGCAUUGUGCAUUCUGCAGGCAGAUGCUACCCAGAGUGGUUUCCUGUUUGUUUGCACCCUGGCACUCUCCAGAGAGUCCUACCUGAGGCAGGUGCAAUGGGCUUAGUUUUGCUAGACUUCCUGAAAACACUAAGGUAGAUUAUCAUGAGUCAUACUUGGUCCUAUGGGAGAGCUUAGACAGUAUAGCAUCCUUGUUUGUGUGCUUGGGUUUGGGUGGAUGUUAGGAUAGAAAUCUUUUUUGAAGGUCUGAUUCAAAACACUAUUAAAUUUGAUGUUUUGAUUCCUUGAGCUGCUUGCAAAGUUCAGCAAGGAGCAGCUAAUUUUUAAUAAUUGGAAAUUAACUUUGAACAAUCUCCAUAAAACUUAUUUAGGCAGUUAUAUUUAAUGACAUUAAUAUUUCAAAGAUCCUGUCACUGCUGUUGUACCCUUUAGAUCCAGUGAGAAGCUUCUGGAGUCUUAUAUUAAUACUCAUUUGAGCUAAUUCACAAUCUGUUUAAACAGACCUGGCAGCUCUUUACUCGAUUUGUUUAUAGACCAUAUUAUCCAUUACAGCUUUGGAAAUUUUUUUUUUUUUUUACUUUUACACUUUUCUUACGUAUUAAGCAAAAAUGAGGAAUGAUUCAAUGCAUUCUGUAGCAGAAAUAUGAGUCUUACACAACAUAAAAGGUUUAUAUAAGUACAACCUCUCAGCAUCCUCCCUGCCUACAUUUAAAAACUAAUGUGCAGGACUUGUGGAUUUCAGGGUUAUUCUUUAUGGUGUCCAGUAAGAAGCAUUGGUUCCACAUUUAUGCAUUUAGUUUUUUCCAAUUAUGUAAGUCUUAAUUUUCAGAGAAUAGAGUGGAAAACUUGUGUUUACAAAAGGAAAAAUUGUUUUCCAGAAGUUAUGUCAUUACUUUUACCAAAGUGGAAGUCUGCAUGAAUAUGCUCAGAAUCUAAAUUCAAUGUUCUGUUAUACUGUAAGUGCAGCUAGCCUGCAAAAUAUAUUUAAUAUAUUGGAUUUAUUUGUAUAU